CCGUACCAUGAUAAAGGAAAUGACGUAAUUUGGCGUCCAUUGUUACGAGACAAGUUAUUUGCCAAACAUCAUCAAACAUGAUUAUUUACGUCGAAAGCAAAGCUUUCCCGUACAAGUCCUUCGUUACUGUGGUACAACCAGGGGACAGGGUUGCUAGAGUGCGAGCCCAGAUGCUGCACAUUCUCUAUGAGAUUGGACGGGAACAGUAUCAAUUUCGUCUCAGAUACAAUGGCCAGUACCUGCGCGAUGCUUUCAGGCUGGAGGAAUACAACAUUGAGGCCAAUGCCGUGAUCAAAAUGGUUCCAUUAUCUGACCAAAAAGAUGAUGCGUCCGACCUCCGGUCCAUGACCAGUGCUCUUACAAUGAACUUUGACCCCGAGACAGAGAAGAUCCCAUCCGUCAAGUCCGCCCUAUACUACGAGGUCAAACACCUGGACAGGAGAGAGAAAAUCGUUAGAGAUCUACAUACACUGAUGUACAUGCACAGCCUGUACCUGUUCCUGUAUGUGCUGUCCAGCUACUGGUACUCGGUGUUUUGGUUGCUAGGUUACCUGCUGCCCAUGUGGUACCUCAUACCUGGAUAUACCAGGAUAGGAGGAUACAUCGGCAACACAUUCCAUAGGCGUCUCUGGUUCUGUGUAAUAGUUGGGGUCUUGGGCCUGACUGUGAUGGCGAUUGCCAUCUUCCUCUCUGUGAGCGCGUGGCAGGAUAUCGUUGCUGAUGGCUGCCCCAGCUGGACAUUUGAGAACGGCUGCUCACGUCAGAACAUCUACACUGGCGUGAUUUUCAGUGUGCACGCACUCCUCCUCCUGGUUACCAGCGUUGUCAUGGCGAUGCUACUCUUCAACCUCCGCAUUGAGAUUGGAGACGUGAUCGAGAAGUACCUCGUGCAAGAACGUGACAUUGAAGAGGUGAUGAAGCUGGCACGUAGCUCCAAGCUGAAGGACCGCAGGACAGCGGCGUAUGAACUCGCUACAAUGGCCGCCUCCGGGGAUGACAAUAAAUUCAGGAUUGUGGCCGAGGCAGGACUGGACGUUCUGAUAGCCAUGUCACUGUGCAAUGAUGAGGCAACGCAGGAGUACGCAGUCGAGGCACUGUCUGAACUCAUCACCAUACAGUCAAUACAGGACAACUAUGUGGAGGUGGGUGGGGUAAGGAACCUUACUGCUUUGCUGCAUUCCCCGAGUGCCAGGGUCAUGCAGGAGGCUACACGGGCGCUGUACACUAUCUGCCAGAGCGACGAGAACAGACACGCCAUGGUGGAGGAUCAUGGACUGUCUGACCUGGCCCAUGCUGCCAGGAAUGGCUCCAUGGAAACCCAGCGACUGGUUGCCAGCAUCUUCCUGGAGCUGGUCUUCAACCCUGAAAUACGUGUCCAACUAACCACGCGCAAUAUUCCUGCCCAAGCCCUGGUGCACCUCUGCAAGAGUAACGACCCUGAGACCCUGCGCUUUGCCCUUCUGACCCUUGAACUGUUGGCAAUCGAGAGCUCCGAUGUUGUCUGUGCACAGGAGGAACUUCUAGAGAUACUUCUCGACAUCCCAGUCCGCAUGAUGGACAAGAAACUCAACCUGCUGGCCGGCAAGAUACUGCUCUAUUUUGCAGAGAACAACCAGUCUCGCGAGGCCAUGCUUGACCUUGUUGACCUCAAGGACUACCUCAUGACCUUUGCCCAGACCCAGGACCCCAUCCUGCAGAAGGUCGUUGUCAAGGUGAUCUUCUGUAUGAUGGACUCCCAGCAACUCAAGGAGCAGGCUCGAGUCCGCAGACUGGACCAGGUUCUCACAUACUGUCUGGACAACAAUGCUGACCGUGACGUAUGGGACAUGGCCGACCAAGGGCUGCAAGUGAUCCACUCAACAGAGGACACGUUCCCCACACUGCCGUCACUGAGCACUAUGGAGAAGCUGAGUAUGGGAGGCAAGGAGGGACUGUUUGGGUCGCGUACCUCCCUAAGAUCCUCCCUUAGCAACGCCAGCAGCCAGAGGGCCUAGGGGGAAGGGAGAGAGAGAGAGAGGGA